CUGUUUUAUAUACCUACCUAAUGAAUGGCAAAACUAAAUUUAUUUACAGUUAAAUUCAAAUUUAAAGUUAUGAAAUGUUUACAAGAACUUCAAAACUUUAAUAAUGGUCCUAAAAGGGUCCUGUGUUAAAAUUAACCAGGCGCUAUUGUAUAUUUUGGUUUGGAGUUCGUUGAUGUAUCAAGGUGACCUUUAUUUAUUCUCCAUCUACCUACUAUAGUUUUUGGAUGAGCAUGCUACAUCUACAAUGAGCCAUGAAAAUAAACAAUUAUUAUUAUGGUAAACUUAUGUCAACACUAUUGUGCUACCAGACGGCGUGCGCUGGCUGCAAGCAGGGCGACCGUCGGACGCGGGCGAGAAGCACGGUCGACUGUAGCAACGCAGCCCGUGCUGACGUCAACUGGAUCCUGCGCGACAGGGUCGUCGGCAACAAGUUCCCUAAGAAACCUGAUAAGCCGAUGUGCUUGUUCUUUUAUGCGCAUGUGGGUUUCCGCUACGACGUGGUGCGGGGGUGUGUCGGCGAACUCGAAGACGCCAUCACGGCCUGCGAGAGCAUGAAGGCACACGUGAGGAAGAACGACCGCUACAACUACGCCCGCUGCAACAUAUGCCGCGGUGACAGAUGCAAUAACACGAAUAGGGUUGUCACGCAUUAUGCGCUACUGUGGGUUUUGUUUGGGAUGUUGUGUUUGUGUCGUUAGGUGAAAAUUUGAACGGUGUUAUUAAUGUGAAAGUGUUGUUUUUGGAAUAAAAUUUUAUGAUGAUAUAGAGAA